UUUCUACUUACUUUCAAAUGCAAUACAAAACAAUUUGUAAUUUUUUCAUAAUUUUCUUAAUGUUUCGAGAAAUGUCCUAUGCAUCCUUAAAGGAGAAAAAAUAUGUACAUAGCUUUCUUAAUUUCUCUUUUCCGUUGCCUUCCUCAUAAUUUUUAUAAUUAUAAGAUUUACUAAAAGAUGGCAUGAAUACAAUGCAUGAACCAAUAUUAUUACGAAUGUUCGAUGUUGUCUCUAAUCGUCACGGCGAGAAAUUCUAGAAGCUACUCGCAAUUUUCGUGACACCUUGCGACGGUUUCUGUGAUCGUCUGCACUCUUCAAUUUUCAAUCUUUGGCUCGCGUCGAUUAGUGACCUAUCGACGUGAAUUCGUUCCACGGUGACAAUCACAUACGUUCAGGUGUUGUGUGCACGGCAUCGCGUUGCAACGACCAUCCGCCGCGCUAUAGGCGCGACUAUUUUCGCACCGUUGAAAAUAGGCGAGAUUGCCCGUCUGCGGAUCGCGAUUUCGCAUGCAGCGGCGUGGCCGCGAUCUCCGAUAUUGGAUUAGUCGAGAUCGUUUUUGCGAAAGCUGCACGUCUCGGAGCUCCGACAUAAGAUAUUAAACGUGGAAAAGUCGGUCUUCUCACGAUACGUUGUUUGCGCUCGUCGGUGCUCUCCGGUCGUUGCGCAAAUCUAGCCGCAUCGAAUUUUACCGAGCAAUUGUUCUCUUAGCAUGCUUUAUGUCGUAUUUAUGCGGUUUAGAAUAUAUACCGAAUAUGAAAUAAAGGAUUCGCGAAAAAUCUGGAAUUGUCGAUGAAUACAAGAGAUAUUCGAGACUACGAGAUGACUAUACAUUCCGCUGAGAAUCGCCUGUUAUCGCGGUGAAAUUCUAAUUCGGGGCUCUCAGUGGGAGAUUAAUUAGGAACGGUCGUAAGGCGUCUCGCGAGCUUAAUCAGGUGAAUCUGACUAUCCCCGCUUUGAGAAUCAGCUACUUUAAUCCAACCGAUCUCAUUAUCUGACAAUACUUGAUAAUUACGAAUCUUCAUCGCUGCAUUGUAGGAAACUGGAUUAAACUAUCAAUUAUAAUAACUGUUUUUUCGUCUGUAAUUUACAUUUUUUUAUCUGUUAGUUCAGUUAAUCGGCUCUACUUGUAUAAUUAUACGUUCGGCAAUUUAAUCUUUACUUCAAUCAAUGUAAGGUUGAAUAAUUGAAAGUUGUAAUCACUAGACUACACGUAGAAUUAUUGUCGGACCUGCUGGGAGCAGGUCUUAUCGUGAUGUCACCUAUGUCAAUACUGCACUUGAAGCAUCAAAAGAUUCGAGCGCGCACGGAGAUCCCUCUCGACCGAGAUUCGCGACUUAGGCAGCUAAUUGGCUGAGACGAUCAUUCUCGGUCUUCGUCGUCGGGAUUUCGCGGCUUCCCCCCUCCCCCCCCCCCUUCCGUUGCGAGACAGCGUCUCUCGCAGCCUGAGAAAGCGACUCCAAGUUGAAACCGAUUUCGCGUGGUCCGCGCGAUGGUCCCCGCGAAUUGUCUGGCCUGAUAACGAUCGGGAAUCACGUGCCAUGAAUUGUUUUCCCCACGUUUAGCGAACGCAGCGAAGAGGAAUAGCUAUACCGAGCUUGUCCGGCGACGGGAUAACGAAGUGCCGGCGCGCCACUAUCAAGGAUACCACGAGAUGAACAGUGGCAAUCGUGAAUUGCUGGACUUAGGACUUGAGCGAGAUCGUGGACGAGGCCCGUCUUGUUCUCGCAGCGAGUUUCCGUAUCGCCGUUGCGGCGGAAAGCCGCGUGAGCGCCCUUGCUGAAAGUCAUUCGGACUCCGCGAGUGAGUGUUGAUCGCAUCUUCUAUGAACAUGAGACACAAAGGCGGGAAGGGUAGUUAGUUCGGCGUAAAGCAGCGACCGGCGACGUCAUGUCCGCCGUCGACUCGCGGCGCAGAAUUUUCCGACUUGUGUGAGAGAGAGAGAGAGAGAGAAAGCCUAGAUUUUUCCGGCACCGGAGGAUCGCGCCGCGCCGUGCCGCGCCGUGCCGCGCUCCAGAGGAGGCGCCCGGCGCCAAUUCGGAGGCCGUUGGCCUUGACCGAGGCUGUCCCUCGGUCGCGGCCGAUCGAGGACCACGAAAACUGCCCGCCUAACCCGUGCUCAAUUAAUAGCGACAAUAGACUGUUCUCUUUCCUUUUCCUUCUCUCUCGAGAACUAUUAUCGAUAUAGCCAGCUGCCGACCGUUCUGUCUUCAGCGUCCAGAGUCCAAGAGAAGAGGAUCUGUUGCUCCCUAAGAUUUUAGAAGUCUGAGACCGGGAGAGAUUCCGUUCGAGAGAUCUCUCGCACUCGUGCAAGGCGCAGCGGAGCAAGUACGCCGUACCGGUGACGUUACCGUUGCUACGUCAGGAUAACGGUAAUCCGCGUACGAGCGGCGCAACGAGGAGAGUGAAGCGGAGAACCCGCGAGAGAGCAGUCUUCUUCGUCGUCGUGUUACGGAGAGCGCCUCGUUAGAAUUUAAAAGUGAAACUGUGACACGUUACCCGGCGCCUUCUUCUCCCGUUCUUUUUGCCGUCUACCAUCCGCCACGCGUCCUUUGCUUUUCUCUUUAGUUUAUCCGCUACGUUAUCAAGAGUCUCCUUCUUCCCCUCCCUCGCGUUUCUUCUCACCUGUAUGAUCGGAGCGAUCCUCGUUUCCCUCUCUGUGUCUUUCUCUCUUUCUCUCUCCUCUUUCUUCCGCGAUCCCGUGAAGUGAAGCCGCGCGCGAAAGGGGAAGAGAAGAGCGCGAGUGAAAGUGAAUCUCGUUAUGAAUUUAUAGAGUGAUCGGUCGCUCGUUAUAUUGUGAUCAUACGUUGGUGAAGCUUUUGGAUUAGAUCGGUAACGAUGAUCGGCGUGUGCGAAUUCGGUACCACCGGCAACAGCAACAGCAGCUGAAGCCGCCGACCGACCAGGCGUCGACCAGGCGGGACUUCCGCGAUCGAGGAUUUAGAGGGGUGAGAAGAGGAAGUGCUACCAGCUGGCGCUCACGUUGAUGGCCGAUCAUCGACGAACCAAAAAUGAAUUAUGACCCUUCCGAGCAGCCCGUGUGAGAUAGAAAACAUGAGCUUGUUUCAAGACCUCAAGUUGAAAAGGAGAAAGGUCGACUCCCGAUGUAGUAGCGACGACUCCCCGGUAUCCCUCGGAUCAGCAGGCUCGCCGCAGGGGAACCCGACGACGGACGCACCUUCACCCAUAAACUUUCCUGCUCCAGGGGAGAGCAUGGCCGACACCUCAACCCUGUCGCCGGAGACGAACAUGCCAGGCUCGCCGGGCUGCCAGAUCAGAGUGUCGAACGAGUACCUGCUGGGCAGUCCGAGUCCAGGGCCACCGCGAGGAGGCGACUCUCUUCGUGGUACUGGCAGCGGUGAUGGCGGAGGUGGAAGAGGAAGUGGUCAAGAAGGUCGCGACGCGGGGUGCUCGGAUCGCGCGUCGCCCGACUCGGUCUUCCCGGAUGCCGGUCCGAUGGUGAGCUUCAGGGUCGCCGAUGAGCAGCAACAGCAGCAUCAUCAGCAAUCGCAGCAGCAGCAGCAGCAGCAGCAGCAGCAGCAGCAGCACCAUCACCACCACCACCAACAGCAACAACAACAACGUUCUGCCACCCCCGUACCGAUCAAAUCGUCACCGUACUCGCCAGUCCAGGCGGUCUCAUCGACUCCAAUUGCCCACGAGGCCUCCUCGAGGAGUGACAGCCCUGAUCUGAAGGGCGACCUAUCGUCCGUCCAGACGAAGGAAGAAUCCGACAAUUCGGUCUUCGACGGAGGUGGAGGUGGUGGUGGAGGCGGUGGUGGUGGCGGUGGAGGCGGUCGUUCGGAGAUUUCUAAUCAACUUAGUCACCGGAACAGUCCGUCAUCUCAAUUCAACCUGAGCCAGAACGUCAGUCCCGGCACUGGACAGCACGGAUCCAUGCAACAGCAGCAGCAGCAGUCGCCACCGGCGCCGCCGAGGCCACGUGCGCCCUCGGUACCACCGCACUUGAUAGCGGCUCAUCAUCAAUUUUGGUCGCAGAACACUACCAGCGUACAAGGAUUCGCUACGCAGAGGCUACUCAACGGUGUCAUCAGCAGCGCCGUCGGCUACGGUGGGCAGAACGCCACGACCGUCUCCACUAGCUCUGGAGGAGGUACCAGCAGUUCCAGCGGUAUCAAUUCCAGUGUUAGUUGCGUCACUACCGGCGCUACUACCACGGCGACUUCAUGCGAAGGUAUGAAACCACCGGCGCAGAGAGCAGCGCCGGCACCACCGCGACCUCCGCCCACGGUAAUAAUGGGUGAGAUCGGCGGCGUCCGUACGAUGAUAUGGUCGGCGCCGCCGUUGGACCCGGUACCACCACCAGCGGCAUCCUGGUCGGCCACGGCGGCGGCCGCCGCCUCGUGCUCCUCGUCGGAGGAGUCGGCCGCUCAGCUGUUGCUAAACCUCGGCCAGGAGUCCAGGGGUAAACCACCCUCGUCCUCCUCCGCGGUCUCGUACUCGUCCGCCGCUGGACCACCGCUCAACAUGGAGAGGCUGUGGGCCGGCGAUCUGACGCAGCUGCCGGCAGCGCAACAGAUGCAGGCGCUAAAUCUCACGGCGUCCGGUUCCGCCGCGCAACCGUGGGUCAGCAACGGCGGUACCGUUGUCAAAACCGAGGCGGCCUCGCAAUCCAUAUCGGUGGCACCGCCUGCGCCCCCCUUGCCACCCCAGGAGCACGAGGAGGACGAAACGCCUAUGAUAUGCAUGAUUUGUGAGGACAAGGCGACCGGUUUGCAUUACGGUAUCAUCACGUGCGAAGGAUGCAAAGGCUUCUUCAAGAGGACUGUGCAAAACAGACGGGUGUACACAUGCGUGGCGGAGGGAGGCUGCGAAAUUACGAAGGCGCAGAGGAACAGGUGUCAGUAUUGCCGGUUCAAGAAGUGCAUCGAACAGGGUAUGGUUCUGCAGGCGGUUCGGGAAGACCGGAUGCCUGGAGGAAGAAAUUCUGGUGCAGUGUACAAUCUUUAUAAGGUGAAGUACAAGAAACACAAGAAGAGCAACAAAGCUAGCGGCGUCGGCGGCGGCAUGGGUAGCGGCAGUAACGUUGGUGGUGUAAACGGCUCGGGAACCCUCGGCGGUACCAAGGGUGCCAUGGGCACGACGAUACUGGACAAGCACAUGCUGCAGGCUGCAGCUGCCCAUCAUAGCCAGCAGCAGCAACAGCAGCACGCCCAACUGGCCGGUGGUUUUCUUCAUCAUCACAAAAUCUCAUCGGGCGAUCCACUCAACUCGCCGCCCACACCCAGCCACCCGAACCACCCUGCGCAUUCGGGCCACCUCGUCAACGGGACUAUCCUGAAGACGGCGCUCACCAAUCCCUCCGAAGUGGUGCAUUUACGGCAAAGGCUAGACAAUGCAGUAAGCAGUUCGAGGGAUCGAGUAUUUCCUCUGGACGCAACCUUAACCAUGAUUCAAACCCUUAUAGACUGCGACGAGUUCCAAGAUAUCGCCACAUUGAGGGUACCAUUCACGUUACAGAACUUGGACGAGCUGCUGGACCAUAAUUCAGACUUAAGUGACAAGCUGUGUCAGAUAGGAGACAGCAUAGUGUACAAGUUGGUGCAGUGGACCAAAAGGUUACCGUUUUACCUUGAGCUGCCGGUCGAAGUUCACACGAGGCUGCUCACCCACAAGUGGCAUGAGCUUCUUGUAUUGACCACAUCUGCCUAUCAAGCGAUGCAUGGUCAGCACAGGUUAACAAAUGUCACCACUGACGGGACGGGUGCAGAAUUUAUGCAAGAAGUAUCGAACAACAUGUAUACGUUGCAAAGGUGCCUAACCAGCAUGAUGGGUCGGCCGAUAACCAUGGACCAAUUGCGGCAAGAUGUAGGGCUCAUGGUGGAAAAAAUCACGUAUGUCACGCUAAUGUUCAGGCGGGUGAGGCUACGGAUGGAGGAAUACGUCUGUCUAAAAGUAAUCACUAUGCUCUCACAAGACCCUAAAUCACGAGGAAAUGAUUUGGAAUUAGAACAAAUACAAGAACGGUACAUGAGCUGUCUGCGAAGUUUUGUCGAGCACAGCGCUCCUCAGCAGCCGGGUCGAUUUCAUGAUCUUCUUGUCAGGUUGCCCGAAGUACAAUCAGCGGCGACUUUACUACUUGAGAGUAAAAUGUUCUACGUUCCUUUCCUAUUGAACUCAGCAAUUCAAAGAUAGUAAAUAAACAAAGUGACGAUAAACGAAGCUGAAUACCUAUAUACAUACUAUACAUACGUUAUAAAUAUAUACACAGUGAAAAAGUAAAAGAAACGAACAAACAGACACAACAAACGAAUAGAAAAACAGAAAGAAAAGAGUCCAAUGAGAGAGAAAGAAAGACGACUCAAGCCGAACGGGGAAAGGCUUUGUUUGCGUAUGUAUAAUAAAUAUAUAAAAGUAUAUAUAUAUACAUAUAAAUAAUAUAAAUAAUAUAAAUGUGUGUGUUCGUUGCGUUGUACAAACGAAGGAGGGCGGAGAGGAGGAAUCGAGGGAAAGAAACGAAUAGAACACAAGAGUGGACGAUAGAAAGUAACUAACGUCGGGACACCGAAAGAAGGAGGAUAGAAAGAGAGAAGGAGGAACGAUUUUAAAUAAAAUAUUAAAGAAAAGGUAUAUAUUUAAUAUAUAUUAUGUAUAUAAUAUAUAUAAAAUAUAUGCACAUAUAUAAAAGUUAGAGGAGCGAGAGAGAGAGCGAGAGAGGGAGAGAAAGAAAGCGCGCCACCUCGAGAGAUGGACAAUCAGUCGAGGUGGGAACUGAACUUUUUUAUCGAAACUAAAAGACUAUAAUAAUAUAUUUCUGUACGCAAACACGUACCGCGCAACUACGUCAUUGUGUGUUCACAUUGCAUAAUCCGAUCGAUAAAAUAAGACUCUCGUUACGUACCGCUCACCGUAGGCCACCUACUACUAUUACUACUACUACUAUUACUACUACUACUACUGCUACUAUUACCGCCACUUUCUACUACUACUGCUCUCGAAACUAAGGGAAAAAAAGAAGAAAAAAGAAGAUAUAAAACAGCAGCAGACACUACGAAACGACUGACUGAAGGAUCAAUAGUUCGGAUCGAUCGACUGACCGAUGAUCGACGACGGAUUUCUCAUCAUUCUGUAGCUCAAUAUGGUAACAUCAUAGCUACGAUUAAAUUUUAUCAACAUGCGUCCAUACACGCGCACGCGUAUUUGCGCAUGUGUAUACGGUGAUUAUGUUUUCUUAGAGAAAAUAAAGGAUGAACCUGAACAUUAUAGAACUUUAUUCCUACAUAUUUUCAAACCAAUUUGUGACUUACGACAGGAGUCUUACGAAUUUUCUUUAAUAUCAAAAUAAGAUGCUGUAUAAUUUUCUGAUACUCAUUUUAAAACUUAUCUGAAACAAGUUCGAAAUAAUGAGGAAUGAAAACGGAUCUAAUCUGAAUAAUUUUAAUUAAAAAAAUUAAACAAAUUAUACUGCAUGAAACUAAAUUUGUCGUUUCCGUAAAAAUUUGCUUAUUAGUACGAUAUUAGACAUUAGCACGUUAAUUAGAAAGUAAUAUUGGUGAAAUAAAAGACAAGAUAGAGUUUUGAAAAACAAUAUUUAAAGAACAUCUAUCUGAAAGGAUUGUCCUUUAUAAUAAAGGACAUGUAGUCACCGUAUCACAUGUAUCUUCUAAAUACCUGCCACAAAUCUUACUGCGACGUACCGAUGUGAUUUUCUCUUCACGGUUGCCGUUCGCCACCACAUACGAAACGUUACGACGUACGUAAAGAGUGUGAUAAUACCAUAAUACUAACUCUCUUCUCUCGCGCUACCACUGGUACCCGCACACUAUAUCAGCAGGGGUCCGUUACGAGUUCUCGGAAUAUUGAUCGCAUAACUCUAUCCGCCAUCAAGAGUAGAAAGGUGGAAAGUGCAAACUUUCACCUCGAAUCUGUCGAAUCGGUACAGAAUAACGAGAUUGUACGAGAUCCACGAGGAUGAGGAGCGAAAGGUGGCGAGAUACGCUGAUCGAUGUCCGGAUAUCACGAUCGCGAGACAAGGAGGAAGAAAACGAAACUACGUAAGAGCUUCAGUGUUUCACGUCCGUAUUUCACCAUUUGCAUUCGAACAUUAGUAUUUACUACGUAUGUACGUAUAUUUCACGACGGUCAACAUCGAGUCUUCGCCGUCAUCAUUUACAUCGUUAUCGUCGUCGUCGUCAUCGUCGUCGUCUUCGCCGCUGUCGCCGUCAUCAUUGCCGCAAUUCAACACUCCGCAAGCAACGGUCCAAGCGCGCAACACAAAAGACUCUUAUUCUAUUAUAGUAUUUUCAUUCAUUUAUGCCUUUGACGCGACUUUUUCCGCGCAAAAUACACACGCACCGAUCAUCAGUCCUAGGAUUUCUCGCUCGCGUCGCGCGUACCUCGGAUGAUUCUCGAGCUUCCAUUUAUAACUUUUCAAGACUUUUUGCACCAACUUUCUACUUAUUUAAAUGUAAGCAAUAUAGAGUGAUUUGCAUAAAGUUUGACUGAAACUUUUAAUUAAGACUCAUGAAAACAAAACCAAUAAAUUAACAAAAAAGUUGUUAUUAAUAAAUGAAGUUAUAAUUUUAAAAAAAGCGAAAAACAAAAAUUAUUAACUGAGUUAUACAAAUAUUUAUAAAGAUUCUAUAUAUUUAGCUAAUAUAUAAUCGUUAUAUAAAUAAAAUUUUUUAAUUAUUUGGUGGUUGAAUUCUAGUCGGUAUUACUUAGUAAUUCCUUUUGUUAUUAUUUACAGAGUUUUAGCAUAUGGAGUAUGUAGUUGCCUGCUUUAUGAAGUCAUAAGCAGAAUUAGCGUUGAAAAUGUUACAGACGUAAUAUGUAUAAUACUUUUGCAAAAAAUGAACGUUUGGUAUAAGAUAUUAUAAGAUAAAUAUAUUAAAUGUUUUGAUAAUUUUUUUAUAUGAGAUUUUAUAUUGCUUUUAUAUUCACUGAGUUUUCUAUUUUCACUUUUAAUAUAUGAAACAUCAUAUGGCAUUUUUCCAUCGCAUUUUUACCGCAAAUAUAUACAUUGUCAAAAUAUUUAAAAAAAAUGGAAAAUCGAAUUGCCCGUGGUAUGUGCGUCGUUUGUUUCUCGCGACUAAAGUACGAGAGCGGAAAGCUCUCUCAUGUUAUUCCUCGCUGAAGCGAUAUUUUCAUAGUAUUAUGACGAAAAGGAAAUAAGCGGAACGUGUAUAUAUAUAUAUACAUAUAUAUAUAUAAAUCUAUAUAUAUAUAUAAAAAAGACGAAACGCUGUAUUAGCAUUGGUGCCCAGUAUCGCGAGGGAGUUUCGUGAAAUUUUAUUCAAAGUUACUAUUUAAACAAUUAUACAUCAAUUGUAUAAACAAUCUCUUACAUUUUUUUUACCGAAUAAAAUAUAUACGUAUUAUCUAUACGCAAGUGUGCAUGUGUGUAUCCACAUGGACUGAUGGUGACAAUCGACCUCGCGAAACUGGGAUACCGCUCGCUCCUAGCUCAAUUAUUUGUGAGGAAAAACUGCAAAAAAGUAAAGAAAAUCAGCGAAAAUUGAUACCAGUCGAAAUGUUGUUCGUGUCUUGGAAGAUAUUGCUCCUUGUAUACGCAUGUAUUGUAUUAUUCCGCGCACGUUCUGCUGACGUGAUUGUUUCAUCUUGCCUCUCCAUAGAAGAUAUCGUAAACACAUGCAAAUCGCCUGAUAAGCUCGUGGCCAUGAGAACGAUCUGAGAGGUGCAGUCUUCGAUCUUUAAGAAGCUGCAUUUUAGCUAGCUUGCAAGUUUAACUGCAUUUCCUCCUUGAUUUUCUUACAAUCCUGCCCAAACCUCGCACAAAGAACACUCCUUAAAACUGAUAUUCUGGAUUGAUUAAUUUAAUUUUAAUUCUUCAGAUCUCUUCUUUAAAGAUUAAGCUUAAAAAAACAAAGUAACAAUUAAAGUAGUUAUAAAUAAGAGUGAAGAAAUUGGUCUUAAAUUGAGUUGAAUAAUUGAAAUUUUCAAUAUUUGAAAUAUUUUUUUUAUAAUAAAUCAAAAGUUCAAAAAUGUAUGUAGUUGAGACUUAUUGAUUAAAAUAUACAGUGUGACAAAUUUACUAUUAAAUCUUGAAAUUUUAACAUUGAUAACCUUAUAGAAAAAUAUUAUUAAACUCGCGAAAAGACUAUUGGAAAAUCAUUCGAAUGCACUGUUGGUUCCACUAGUUUUUUCCGCAAAUCCACUAGUAUUUUUCUUUAAGAAUACAUAUUUUUAUCAGCAAAAUCAAGUUAACAUGAAAAUAUAUAGUACUAUCAUAGGUAGUACUAUCAUAAAUUAUAAAACUAACAAUAUUAUAAUUUAUGUUUAUUUCCACUGACUAAACCAACUUUGUAAUUCUUGAUUUAUUGUGAUCAUUUUUAUGACGGAGGUUAAUUGUGAUAAUUAAUAUUACACCUUUUUCCUAUCUUCCUAUUCCUUCAGUCGGACCCGUGGCCGCGAGCCGCACGUUCCAGAAAUCAACACGAAUUAUAACACAGACCUUGGGCCUACUCGCCUAGGGAUACUUGUCCAUACUAUAAGACUUAACUAAACGAUGGGAUACUUCAUACAGUAAACAUUGUAUAUUAUUUGACGUUAAGGAACGUUAGGUGUAACGGUUCCUGUAUUCCCCGGACAUCAUCGUACGCGUGUCUCCGUAUUCAAUUGGAUAAUUGCGUGCGCAUAAUAAGAUUUGCUAAAAAGAAAAAGAAAAUUUAUCUUCCGAUAUUUUGCGACCAUCGAUGAACAGGACGGAAUACGUAUCUUGCUUAUGAUCGAUUGCUAUGUCGAUUAACUUCAUCCGGAUGAAGAAAUCGGGCAUUAUCGGGAUGAGCACAGCGCGCUGCUCUAAUCCAAUAUUUUAUCUUUCUUCGAAAGUGAAUCCGCAUAGAUUUUCAAUUUUAGUAACAGUAAUAAAAAGCUCUAGCAUUUUUAUAAAUGCGCUUACUUUUUGCAUUUUAAAGGAAAUUAUAUGUGCAUUCAGGUUUUGAAGAAAGAAAGAGGGAAAGAAAAGAAUAGGAAGACUGUUAGUAUAGAGUAUGAAAAAAUGCGACUGAAAAGAUCAAUAUGAUAUUCUAUAUUUUGUUAAUGAUAUUUAUUUUUAUCUUUAUUAUUAAUAAAUGUAUGAAAUAUUAAUAGCAGCAAAUUUAUGCAAGACUAUAUUUUUCGAUUAUCUGAAAUAUAUAUAACUAUACAUGAACUCGCUGCUAUAAUUGCUAUCAAUAUUUCUCGAUAAUUUAAGAUAUCAAUAUGUAUUGAUAACAAAGUAUAGGAUGACUUAAUAUUUUUUCUUUUCUAUCGGCCAUCGAGGUAGCAUUGUGCAAUAUGAAGAUAAAGAUAUACAUAUGAAGGCAAUAUGUUACUCGCUCUGUCUUUUGUCUUUUUUUCUAGCUAUUCUUCAGUUCUUAUUGUCUCCCCUCUUGUUAUCGUUAUCUCGUAAAGUCGUUACGUAUUUCCUGCCAAGAAAUUGUUCGUGCCGUAUCCUAUUUAUUGUUGUAUAUACGAGUGGCAAAGUAUCGUCGUCGAUCGCGAGAAAAUAUUUCGAGCUCCUAGUUUAAUCUUUUUUGUAAAUUUUAUAUAUAGAUAUAUAAUAUAUAUAAAUAUACAUGUAAUAUAAUAUUUAUUAUAUUAUAUAUAAUAGAUAUUAUAUUAAUAUAUAUUAAAUUAUAUAUAUUUAUAUAUAUAUUGUAUAUUUUUUACAGAGUUUCCAUGGAUUGGGGCGUUGUUCCUUUUAUUCUUGAAUCCUUUGAAUCAUAAAGAAUUCUAAAUACAUUUUUCUAGAUUUUUAAAUUAUCUCUUUAAUUCUGUUAUUUUAUAAUUUUUGACAAGUGAAAUUAUCACAUAGAAAUGAAAAAAAUAUAAUAAAUUUAAAGCUUAAUUUGAAUUAUUAAAACACUACAAUCAGAAAAUUUAGUCUUGAAAGUAUUAAUUAAAAUGAAAUACUCGCGGGUGAAAAAGUCUGAAAAACUGUCACACAGAUGAAAUAAAUAAAACAAUUUCAGAUAAUUUGUACUUAAAUUUAAAAUUUAAUAUAAUAUUCAGUUCAUUUAAUGUUCAUUAAGUUUGAAAGUGUUUAAUUAAAAUAAAAACGCUAAUCACGAGUGUAAAAGUCUGAAAAUGUAAUAAGAGAGAAUAUGAUUAAAAACUAUUUCUGUGAAAAGAUCAAAUUAGCCAAAGAUUCAGAGGAUAAAAGAAGCGACGACCGUUCCAGGAGAUAUGCUGUAUCUAUAUUUUAUAAAAGGAAAAAUGUGCAAAACGUAGAAUCGAUGUCUGGGAGUACAGCAACUGCUUACGGGAGAGCUAAAGCGUUGGAUCAGCAAGACUUAGGGCAUUAUACUACAAAGAGUAUUAUCAUGCCCAACCCUUUAAUAUUUAAGUGCGAGUGAGAGUCUAUUGAGCAAAAGAAAGAUAAGAAAAAAAAUCUAACGAAAAUGAAAAAAAAUAUGAGGAAAAAACGUGAAAAACCAGUGCGCGCCUCUCGUUUGUGGGUUCAACUUUGUGUACAUAUUGUACGAAAGAUUUAAUAAUAUAACUAUGUUGAAAGUACUAGUCCUGUCUUUGUAUAAUUCCGUGUUAAAUACUUGUGCUCGCGACAGCCGCAAGCGGCGCCGCGGCGAUGCUCCCAUGGAGAUCACAGGAAAGCGAACAGAAACGUGUGCGCGCAAAAGCUUUUGUCGUGUUAUUUGAUCCAUUUCCAUCACGCAUUUGUCGGCAGUAUAGAAUACAAACUUGACACGCGCAUUUUAGAUAGCGAACGUUUCCACGACGAGAAUGUGUGCAUUGUUAAACGUUAAAGUGUACACAACUUUGAAAUAGUGUGCUUCUUCGAAGGUCUUUCGAUUGAGUCUUUGAAUGACGAUUAACAAAUCUUUGGAAAAUAUUCAACUCUAAGUUAAAAGAAAGCUUUCGAUAUUCGUGAGUGAAACAUCUCUUUUUGAAAAUUUUUUGAAAAUUUAAUCUUAAGAAAUUAAUCCUUAAACAAUUAAUUUUACAAUUAAAAACGUCACGGAUUCUCUCUCACACCUGUCGCUGUUUAACGCGGAUCACGUCAAUUUUGGUGCUACACAAUCCUAGUGCCUUGUUGCAUUUAAUUAAUUUGCCGACGCUCAUGUUUACAACUAGCAUAAAUUUAAAUUUAUUCGACGGUUAUAUAUUUAAUAUAUAUAUUUUUUAAUUCUUUAUCCAAUUUUUUUUUAUUAAAAAUGUACAUGUUGCGCACGUAUCUUCUUUCGCUUUCCCUUGAUCGGAAUGAAGAAAUCGGCGCCCCUUGCUGCGAUUAGGUCGAAAUAGAGGCACAAGAAGAAAUGCAAAUGUUUAACCCAGAAACGACGGUAGGGAAGGGAAGCAAGAAAUGCCGGUUUGGCUAGAGAGAGACAGAGAGAAAGAAAGAGAGAGAGAAAGAGAGUGCGUAUGUGUGAAUGAGAGAAAAAGAGAAAGAGAGAGAUACUUUUUCAAUGAGUGAGUCAAAAGUUACCAUAUUUCUACCUACGUUUAGGAAGAAGUACGUUUUUAUUAUCUCGUUUAUCUUCGAUUAUAUUCCUUUUGUAAUUGAGAUUUCGGCGCCAUUGCGUGAAUCGCCGCUCUGCCGGAAACCGAUUAUCGCCCUUCGCGAGGUCGACGUCCAUUAUAUGAUAAAUUUUGAUAUACCUCGUGCGCCUCGCUGCAGAGACAUUUUUUUUUCUAUAGCGCAGCGAGAAGCACGUUGAUUAAAGUCAAUUAUUUAACGCACGUUAUGCGUUAUGUUCGUAAAAAUUGUUGAUGAAUUGUUAAUGUUCCGCCUUUACUUUUCGUAAACGAAAUGUCGUGCAAGUCUGUCUUCUUAGAACGAACACCUCGCAAUGUUUUAUAUAUAGAUUUAAUCGUAGACACGCAACACGAGUAAUUAAAAGACUGACAAAGAUCACUGAUGUCGAUGCAUUGAUAAUACUGUGUUAAAUCAAUUAAUUAUAAUAUCAAUCAACUUCGACAUGACUUUUUCUUUAAUUCGACAUCUUUGUUGGCUUUCUUGUCGAAUAAAAAGUUUUUACGCAUAUCAACAACGAAAGUCAGUCAUUGCAUUUAUUGCUGUUCAAGUUUCAUUACGAGAUUACGAUUUUUAACGUAACGCAAUAUAAUUUAGAAUAUAAUAUGAAUAAUACAAGUCGCAGUACAGUUCGUAAGGAUGGUCAAAAUUAUAGCGGACAUUUAAAUGCGUGCAUAUAAACGAAAAGGUGAACUUAUAAUUUUGCUGACGUAAGUACAUCAUUUAGCAUAAUUCAAUCGAUUCAAUCGAGGGUUUCAGUUUCGGGCAAAGCAAGCCGAAUUUCACGCAUGGCGCGUGAACCCCCCUGUAUUUUUAUGAAUAAAUAAGAUAU